CUGACAGCCUGCUAUAUAAGCAGAGAUUCCAGGGAGAAAAAGCUGGCAGAGGUUGGGGAUUUGUCUGUACAGUUUGUCAUCUAAGCUCAGCUUCAGAGUCUCCCUGACCAACAAUAAUUAAACAUGGAUGAUAUUUAUAAAGCAGCAGUUGAGCAGUUGACUGAAGAACAGAAAAAUGAAUUCAAGGCUGCUUUUGACAUCUUUGUCCUGGGUGCAGAGGAUGGAUGUAUCAGCACAAAAGAGCUGGGGAAGGUGAUGAGAAUGCUGGGGCAGAAUCCUACUCCUGAGGAGCUACAGGAAAUGAUUGAUGAAGUAGAUGAAGAUGGCAGUGGCACUGUAGAUUUUGAUGAGUUCUUAGUUAUGAUGGUCCGGUGUAUGAAAGAUGACAGUAAAGGAAAAUCCGAAGAAGAACUUUCAGAUCUCUUCAGAAUGUUUGAUAAAAAUGCAGAUGGAUACAUUGACUUGGAUGAAUUAAAACUCAUGCUAAAGGCUACAGGAGAAACCAUAACUGAAGAUGACAUUGAGGAACUAAUGAAGGAUGGAGACAAAAAUAAUGAUGGCAAAAUCGACUAUGAUGAAUUCCUGGAGUUUAUGAAAGGCGUUGAGUAAGCCUGUGACUUUUGGAAGAGCAGUCUCAAAAGUGAACAACUCCAGUUGUUGCACCAUUUUCAUCAGUUCUGUUUCCCUUACUACAUAUGAAGUCUUGUACUGAACAUGGUGUACAUCAGGAAAACAAUGCAUCUCUUAAGUGCCUCAUAAUGGUCAUCGUAUGGCUAUUUAUUGAGCUGGGUUGUUGUAAUCAUUUUAUUGAUAUUAGUAGCAUUGUUCAUAAAGUGUUUCUUAAUGUGUAAGAAUUAUGACUGUUUGAGACAUUUAAGAAUUCACCCAGAAUUCUGAUCUGUGGAGUAUGAUAUCCCUUCCUCUGUCUCAUCCUCAGCCAUUGUCAAUGGUAUGUAAAAAUAGAGAGUGUAACAAUAAGAAAUAUUUGUUUUUGAGAUGCUAAUAAAAUUAUUUGGAAAACCA